AACGCUCAGCUCCCAUUCAUGCCAUGACCUCGACCGGUCUUUCACGCCGGCGCAUCCCAACCCACGCUUCCUCCUCCGCCGCGCUCGACGACGACGACAACGACGGCUCGCGCGCGCCCUCGGCGAACGGCUCGACAACACAUGUUAACGCCCCUGCGAGCGGGCUGGGGAACGGCGGCGCCGCGUUCCAGGGCGGGAGCAAGAUUGCGUACGACCCGCGGGACUUGGACAGAGAUAAUGAGGAGAUACGCGCGGGCGGGAAGAUGCCCCGGCUCACGCUCAUGGAGGAGGUUCUCUUGCUCGGACUCAAGGACAAGCAGGGAUAUCUCUCGUUCUGGAACGACAACAUAUCAUAUGCCCUCCGGGGGUGCAUUCUAAUAGAACUUGCGCUACGGCGACGCAUCGCUGUGGUCAAAGACCCCAAUCGACGCCGAAUCCCGCUCACGGAACGUUUGGUCGAGGUGAUAGAUGACAGACAGACGGGGGAGACGAUUCUGGACGAGACGCUACGGAUGAUGAAGGGACAGCAGGAGGAAAAGCUCGGGAUCAACAGCUGGAUCGAUUUGCUAAGCGGCGAAACAUGGAACGUGAUGAAAAUCGGCUUCCAGCUCAAGCAGGUCCGCGAGCGGCUCGCAAAGGGGCUCGUCGACAAGGGCGUCCUGCGCACCGAGAAGCGCAACUUUUUGCUCUUCGACAUGGCCACGCACCCCGUGGCGGACGUGCGCACAAAAGACAGCAUCAUCGCGCGCGUCGUGCACCUGCUCACCGCGACGACGUCCUCCGUCCCGCCCGCCGCGCUCGACAAGGAGGGCACGCAGUGCCGCGCGAUGCGCGCGGUGUGCCUCGUGUGCGCGGCGUACGCGGCGAGCGUGCUCGACAACGCGUUCGGGCGGCUCACGUACGAGGACCGCGAGGCGGCGUUCCAGCGGUGCGACGAGAUCCUCGCCGAGUUCGCGUGCUGGCCGUUCGGGAGCGGCGCGGGCGCGAGCACGCCCGGCGCGCGCCGCCGCGAGGCGAGCAGGAUCGGGCUGGGCAGCACGGGCGGCGUGAGCGGGCGCGAGGCCGUGCUCGGGCUGCUGCAGGAGGUGAAGAAGGAGAUGGUCGGCGAGGAGGACCUCGGGUUCGAGCUCGUCGCGGGCGUGCUCGAGGUGCUGUCGAAGCUCGAUUCGCUGCUGUAGCGUGGCUUUUGCUGUCUCGCACUUUCGAUGAUCCGGGUAGAUUUGAGUCGUGCACGAGGCACCGAUGCUGUCGCAUUAUGCGUUUCUUGUUUGCAACGUAUGGACUCAUCGCUGUCUCCCGCGUUGGCGGGCGUGAGUGAUGGUUGUGUCCGAUGUCGC